AUGAAACUAGAGUACAGAGUUUUGGAAUUAGUAAAUGGGGAUGAACAAGAAUGUAGUUAUUGCUUUAUAGAUUAUAGUGACCAAACUAACCUUGAUUUUAGCACUGCUCCUGCUGCCUAUCAGAUGGUAGCACAUACCAAGUCAGAACAAUACUUUGAUAUAUCCUUUAUCUGUAAAGAUUGUAAAUUGGAAUAUGAUAACAAUGUUCUCCCAAGAUGGAAUUAG